AUGGACACCGGAAGUAGAAGGUCGGACAGGCGCAGAGCGUGGUCUGACAGAAUGAGCGACCGAAGCAGCAGAUCCGACACCAGCAACAGGACCCGUUACUCCAGGCUCAAGACCCGGCUCCGGGCCAUGGUGUUCUCGAAAACCUUCGGCGGUCCGAUUGAGGAGAAGGUCUGUUACGAAAACACCUAUAAAAUGGAACCGGAAGAGGAAGGAAAAUUCUCCACCCGGAAGUGCCAACAGAUCAUCUACGGCAUCCUGGAAUCCUACCUCUCCGGGAAGGAGUACAACGGUAAAACCUUCCCCCAUCUCACCAAGACCCUGGCGGACCUGAUCAAGGAGCGGGUGAAGUCCUCUGGAUUGUCCCGCUACAAGAUCGUUUCCUAUGUCACGGUAGUGGAGAAGCGAGAACAGGGUCUCAACCACGCCAGCAGGUGUUUGUGGGACGACAGCAGUGACAACUUUGCCUCAGCUAUUUUCGAGACCCCCACCUUCUUCGUUGUGGGGAACGUGUACGCUACAUAUUACGAGUGA